GGCUCUUUUCCCUUUCUUUCUUACAUUAAGUCCCCUUCAGUUUGUUUAAUUUGUACAUUGAAUGACCAAGAAACUUUUAUACAUUGAAUUCUUCUGUCACAUUUGUGAGAAAGGUGGUUUUACCAAAAAACAGCACUUAAACCGGCAUUAUUGUAUAGUUGAAAGAAUGCCACUUUCACCUUCAUUGAGAGGAAGGCCUUAUUAUAAUAUUCCCAUCGAUUGUACUAUUACCACUGACCAGAAGAAUGCACAUGUUAUCAAAUACGCUUGUCCUUGCUGUCAUGUAUUGUCAGAGGACAAAGCCAAUCUUGCAAGACACGUUGAAACACACCGUUUUAAACAGAAAGCUGACGCUUUUAUUGAGGAAGGAACGGAAGACUACUACAUCGAUGAAUCAGAUAAGGAUUCCGAUCCUGAACUGAACGAUUACGUUGAUUUUAAUAAUAUGGCGGCUUCUGCAGACGACGAUUCCGACGUUAAGCCAGAAGAGUCAAUACCAAGUGACAAUCGCGCAUCUGUGGUAGAGCCCAUUUUAUCUUCUGAGCUUCCGGCAACGAUAACGCCUCUUGUUGGGACCAACAGGGAAAACAGAACGGAGCAACAGGCGAUUCUCCACGCUUGCCAAAAACAAGCACACGAAGAAAAUGAGCGAAACAAAACGAUAUUCAUUGUCGAUACCUUGUCAUUGCGACCAUUUGCUAUUUUAGACCAAAAAGGAAAUGAGGAAAAUGCACUUGCUCAUGAAGAUGUUAUAAAAAGAUUAGCGUCCAAUCACUCGUCAGUUCAACCAAUUGUGCCAAUGAAACGAUCAUACCAACAAGAAAAUUCUAGCAUCGAUAGUACUUUGUGUGCCAAGUGCAUCCUCAAGACACAUAUCGAUUUGGAAAAGCUGUUAGCAACAUCUCCAUAUGGAUUAUUACUGUCACAACGAAAAUACAAACUUCUGACUGACGAAAUGUGUGAAAUGAUGAAUCAAGAUUGGAGGCACAAUGCUCAGGUGAAAUACUUCACAGCAGCUAUCCUGGCCGGAUCUAUCCUUUUGAAUACUAGGAAAAGUGAAGCGAUUAUGAUCAAUACAGUUGAGUUAUAUGGUCGAACCAAAAUUGUCGAUGGGCAUCGGGAGCCGUUUGGCAAUCAAAAGGAUGGGGUUCAUACAACGUCGCUUCCUCCUCCGCUCAAAACUGUUCAUCUUGAUGUUUGGCCCGUUUGUUUGUCACGUAAUGAUGGCCCUAAGCUUGUCAUUGGAACUCAAGUGUCAAAUGCACUAAUCACGUCAAGCAUUCGUUUGGAUAAAAACCUGCCUCCAUCUGUAGGCGGUAUCACGACCAACUUUCAUUUGACUUUCAGUGAUUCGUUUGCCUCCAAGAUCUUCGUCGAUGUGGAAUCUGCGACAGCUGCCAAGACCAUAAUCAGUGAUCCCACCAGGACAUGUGUAUCAAAUACAGGUAUACUUUCACACCAACUACGACAAAUCCGUACUCGUUUUGAUAUGUCCAGUACAUAUACCUUGGCCCGUGCCUCAGGUCCGUUAACUAAGAACCACACAUGUCAUCCCUAUACUAUUUUUACCUUGAUUGAUUGCGAUCGUGGCCGCAGUCCUUGUGCUGCCUUGUUUGACGCAGUCGCUAAUGAAGUCUUAAAGAAUGGCAACAAGGCUAACCUCAUGAAACAUGUUGUUUUAAGCUGCUAUGAAACUGCCACUGGCCAGGUAAAAGAGGUUCUUGAAAGCAUUCUUACUUUGUAUAAUCAAGACGACAAACUACCUAUCUUAUUCAACAUUGUUCUCAAUAAGAAGUUGGAAAUCCUUGCAAAUCUUCUCAUGCCUUCAAUUGUCUCAUGUAAUGCUUCCGUAGCACGUCAAAUCAAGUCCGCCUUUGAAUACCUUAACUAAUUAUAUUCUUUUUUACUUUUCCCAUGCUUUUCAUUUUGACACUAUGAAAUAAACGAAAUCACAAUGAAAUUCAACUUUUGAGUCGGGAUAAAAAAAACUUUUCCAAACUCUUGAGCAUUCUUAUUGAAAUCAAAAGCAGACAUGUGAAUGAACGCGCAAUUCGUUAAACUUCGGUCCAUAAUCGCAUCUAAAAAUCGAACUGUGCCGCACCUCAAUCUUCCGUAGACUGUUUCUCUUUGUUGUAACGAUAAGAUAAAAUAUAAGAAAAAGAAAACAAAAGGAAAUCAGUGAAGACCAAGUUAUCUUCUUUUCUUAAGUAGA